CCAUGGCCAUGAAGAUAAUGUGGCUUGAAAUAAAAUAUGAGGAAGAGAAUGGAAAAGAAUUUUGGAGCGUCAUCUCGGGUUCGAAAGUAAAGGAUUUUUCAUUUUUGUGCUCUGCUCCCGCUCUUCCUCAGCCUCCUGCGUCCUACGAUUUCUAGAUGCUCCUCUCUUUUUUGGGUGGGAAGUUUGUUGGCUACUAUGGUGCCAGUGCCAAGCAGCUUUCACCCCAAAACUCAAUCAGUGUUGCUAAAUUCAGGAUAAGGGCCUUUGCUGGUAGGAAAUCAAUGAAAAAACUGAGAAGGGAGGGACAACCACGUGAAAGUGUCACCUUGCCAAAUAAACAGACUUUACCAGAAGACAGCAGUGUCCUAGCAGAUACGUCUCCCUCGAAGGAUGAUGAUAUUAAGAAUGGAAAGAGUGUGUAUUCAGCUCCACAGAAUUCAAUUUCAAUCCCUUCUAGGAGUAAUGUGCUUCAAGCCUGCACCAUCACUUCUGGGUUGAUAGCUGCUUUGGGUUUAAUAAUUAGACAGGUGUCACAUGUUGGGUCGAUGGAAGGAUUGCCUAUUCUUGACUGCUCCAUGGAAGUAUCAUUUGGUUUUGAGAUGUGGCAUCUUGAGUUGAUCACUGGAUUGGUUAUGCUAAUUUCUUCAUGCCGAUACGUACUAUUGAAGACAUGGCCUAAUUUUGCUGAGUCAAGUGAAAAAGCCAAUCAGCAGGUUCUUUCUUCCCUACAACCUUAUGAUUACCUAGUUGUUGCAUUUUUGCCUGGGAUGAGUGAGGAACUCCUUUUUCGCGGCGCACUGCUCCCAAUUUUUGGAUUGGACUGGAAGAGUGUCCUAGUUGUUGCCACCCUUUUUGGUGUUCUACACUUGGGCAAUGGGAGAAAGUAUUCCUUUGCAGUGUGGGCAACCUUUGUUGGGAUUGUGUAUGGUUAUGCAACAAUCAUAUCCUCUAGCGUUGUCGUGCCCAUGGCUUCUCAUGCAUUGAACAACCUAGUUGGAGGGAUUCUCUGGCGCUACACAUCAAAGUCGUUGGAGUGAGAAUGAGAAUUAAAUGCCAUUUGGAUUUAGUCGCAUGAUCUAUUUCAAUGACCUAAGAUUGAUUUAGAUUGACAACAAGAAGUUCUCUUUGUAUAAACAAGGUGCAAUUUUUUCAUUUACCUUUGUUA